AAUUUGUGGCUCGAGACGCAGCCGUCAUUUAUGGCGUUCGCCUCCAGGAGUCACCAGAAGUCACCUAGCGGAGGUAUAAAAGACCCGCCAGGUAAACAUCAGGCAUGUUUCAUUUUAGAGUCCGGUUGAGCAGCAAGGAAAAAAAACAUUCACUCCUAAAGACAAACUGCAGCCUACAGACUGUUUGAAAAACGGCGAAGAAAAACCUGCGCGAAAUAUGAGAAGUCUAUCGCCGGUGUUGGUUCUCGCGAUAGUUCUGAUGCGUAACAAUGGGACUUCGGCCAGGAGCCUGCGGGGCUCGAGCUCUGCGGAGUGGCCCCUCGCGACAGGUCGCGGACCGACCAGUUUCUCAGAGCUGACGGUGGCCAAGAGGACGGAUUUAACGGACAUCUUACCGGAGAACCACAACCCGUGCAUCUCCCUGAGAGGGAACGACGAGCAGCGUCAACUACUCUGCAACGACCGGCGGAGUCCGUUCAACUACAAUCCGUUCGGGCUCCGCUUCGGGAAACGGUUUCUGCCCGUGAAAACCGACCGCUUGUCUCAAGGAAGUCUCGCGAGACCGAGGACGAUAACUUUUUUACCCGUUUUCCUCAACCCGCGAGAUUUGGAAAUCACGACCUAAUGAAGUAGCCGUGUCCGCCUGUCCAGCAGUUUUCGCGUUGCAAGUCAAAUAUUUUAAAUUAAUGUCGUUAACUUCACGAUUUGUGAUAUUCCUAUCCCAUCUUUUACAAUCUUGUGUUAUUUUUUCCCAUGAAUAAACCUUUUGUACCGUUCUUGUGUGGUGAUGAGUUACUUUCCAAAAAAUAUUUUUUUAUAUGAAAUGGAGUUUAAUCGGUAGCUUUGAUCAAAUUUUUUUUUAAUGUUCCUCUUUUGUAAACCACGUUUAUCUAUGUUGUAUAAUGUACUGUUGUAAGAACAUCCACCACUAGGGGGAACUGUUGUUCCUGAAUUUUGUUUACUGUACUGGCAAACCACAACACACACGGACACAUUAAGGAUUGUAAUUUAUUAACCCACGUAUCACCACUUACAACAUUUACAACAAAGGUGUGUUAUUGUACUCCAAAUACAACAAAAUAACACAUUUGGACUAUGGAAUAAUUUUGCUUGCUUGCUUUAUUUUUUUCCUACCAUUAUUUUCUAUGUUGGCUAAACAGAUCAUCCUGCUCAUAGAGUCAUAUGGUUCCAUGGUGGUUAGACACUGGAACUAGACUCUAUAAUUUAGGGACUAUCUCAAUACAGCUGGUUACUGUCUACUAAACUGGUCCCGUACAGGGAGAUUAACCAGGUGAUGGGAGUCCACUAUGUGCCCAACCAACUAACCAGGUGAUGGUUACCUGUGACCUCAAGGUUAUCUAUUAAAAGUGCGAAAACAAAGUCAUCGCUUCAAUCAGGGGUCAAAUAGCCAAUUCCUAGCAGGGAUUCAAACACACCUCUGCUGGUAACAACAGUAGGACAGUGCUGGUGGAAACAACACAACAGAAAGUAU